AUGUCUGUCAUCCUCGUUACCGGAGGCACUGGCCUUGUUGGCUCAGCCAUCAGGUACGUUAUCGAAAACGAGCCUGAGGGUUCCCGAUUUGGCAAGAAACCUGGAGAGAAGUGGAUCUUUGCCAGUUCCUCCGAGGCCGAUCUGAGGGACCCGGAGCAGACCAAGAGGCUCUUCGAGAAGUACAAGCCCACCCAUGUCAUUCAUCUCGCUGCCAUCGUCGGGGGGCUCUUCAUCAACAUGAAGUACAAGCUCACUUUCCUCAGGGAUAAUGUCUUGAUCAACGACAAUGUCUUGCACACCUCCUACCUUUACAACGUCAAGAAGGUCAUCUCUUGCCUCUCGACCUGUGUCUACCCUGACAAGGUUUCCUACCCGCUGGACGAGACGAAGAUCCACCUUGGGCUCCCACACGAGAGCAACUUCGGCUACGCACACGCGAAGCGGCUGGUAGACGUUCAGAACCAUGCGUACAAGGACCAGUACGGAUGCAACUUUACGUCUGCCAUCCCGACGAACAUCUUUGGCCCGCACGAUAACUACGAUCUUGAGAGCGCGCACGUCAUCCCAGGACUCAUUCACAAGUGCUACCUCGCAAAGAAGAACGGCACACCGUUCGUAGUAGGAGGUACUGGGAAGCCCCUGCGGCAGUUCAUCUACUCCCGCGAUCUCGCGAAGCUCUUUAUCUGGCAGCUGCGGGAAUAUGAAGACGUCGAGCCGCUAAUACUGUCUGUCGGGGAAGACGAGGAGAUCAGCAUCAAGCAGGUUGCGGAUGCGAUCGUGAAGGCGCUGGACUUCAAGGGCGAGUACACUUUCGACACCAGUCGCGCGGACGGCCAGUUCCGCAAGCCCGCGUCGAACAAGAAGCUAUUGUCGCUCAUUGGCGACUUCCAUUUCACCCCAUUCGCAAAAGCAUUGGACGAGAGUGUCAGCUGGUUCGUGAAGAAUUUCGAGAACGCCAGGACGAGUAAGGGACACUAG